GAAUUCGCUUAUGUUCGGCUUGAUGUCGAUCCGAGUUGACCAAUGACGAAAAGCUAUUCAAUUUCCGCCAUGUUUACUGUCUGUUAUUUGAAUCGGUUAACGGUUGACGUAAAACGACUUUUACUUUUUUUGUCGGCAGUGGUGGUGUGCGGUUUUGAAUUGUGAUUUGUGUCCUUCAGAAUGUUAUAUUACUCAAGGAAGUUCCUUGGUUGUUUUGGAUAAUAUAUGCUUCUGUUAAAAUAGUUGCGAAAAGGAGUGGAAACUUCGUAUAUGUAGUAUUGUUAUUCCACGUCCACACAUUUACUACUCUUCAACCAAGCCAAAUCAUGCAAGGGCCAUCUAAGCUACCGCUGUUGAAAAGCGGAAUUCCUAGGCAACAGUUUAAAAAAGCCAAAGAUGAUAAUCACGUAUCCAAAACUGAAACCACAGAAAAUAAAUUUUCAAGGUAUCCCCAUCUGAAAAGAAGAUCCAAAUCUACAACAGAUCUGUUGGCAACAAAUAUUUUGCAGCCUCUCAGGCCUCUGCAAAGCAUAAUAGAAAAGAGACUGGUGAAUGGUAUAGGGGGUUCCACCAUUAAAAUUGCGAAAACUCUUGAGUUGCCUAUCAAAAAGAAUGUUGUAAGUAAUAAUGCUUCUAAAGUGGUACCUGCAAGUAGUUCUAAAGUAGCAUCUGCAAGUACAAAACAGAAUGGGGCAAUCAGAAGACAAACACAGAAAAGGGCUGCACCAAAGACAGAUGAUCAACCAAAAGCUAAAGUGGUGAAAGCCCCAGAAAAAGCCAAAAGGGUUGCCUCUUGGGACUUCAAAACAAAAUUCCAACUUUUGAAUGAAAAACAUGGUAAAUUACUCAAUAGUCAUAAGGAACUACAGGAGAAAUUUUCAAAUGUGGCUGAUUAUGAGCAAUACUACCAAAAAUACAAUGAAAUACAAACAGCAUAUGACAAACAAACAAAGGAUUAUGAAAAAAUUGCAAUUGACUAUACAGAAUUGAAAUCAAAAUAUGAAAAGUUGGUUGCAGAUCACAAUUCUUUGAGUAAAACAUAUGAUGAGCAAAAAACUCUUUGUGCAACUUAUGCUGACCAGUUAAGAACUCAUGAAGACAAUCUGGAACUAAAGAGUAAAUUGAUUGAAAAGCUGUCUACCGAAAAUAAUUGGUUCAAACAGAAAGCAUUAGAAUGGGAGAAUGAAAGAAGGGCUUUGCAUAAUACUAUUUUUGAUCUGAAAGGUAACAUUAGAGUAUUCUGCAGAGUUAGGCCAGCAAUAGGUGUGACUGAAGAUCAAAAACUGCAGUGCAUGCUUUCAUAUCCAGAUGAGUAUUCCUUAGAGAUCAGAAAAACCAAAGAAAGUAUCAGUGCUACCAGUGGGAAGCCUAUAGAUAAUAAAGCAGAUUUUUGUUUUGAUAAGGUGUUCUCUCAAAGAACAACCCAGGAAGAGCUGUUCCAAGAAAUUGCUCCUUAUGUGCAAUCAGCUGUAGAUGGAUAUGAUGUCUGCGUUUUUGCAUAUGGACAGACUGGGUCAGGUAAAACAUACACCAUGCUAGGUGAGGAUUAUGGUAGUGAAGGUGUGAUUCCAAGAACUGUGUCAUUAAUAUUCAGAACAGUUGAAGGAUUAAAAAAGACUAAUUGGGAAUAUGAAGUUCAUGCAAGUGUCUUGGAGAUUUACAAUGAAAAUCUAAGAGAUCUUCUGUCACCCACUGGUAACCAGAAUAUGGAGAUAAGGCAUAAUUGUGGCAGAGAAACAACUGUAACAAAUUUGACGAUUGAAAAAGUUGAAAACGCAGAAGACUUGCGCAAUCUGAUGGAGCUAGCUCAAAAGCAUCGUACGGUAGCAGCUACUAAUUAUAACGAACACAGCUCAAGGUCUCACGCUGUUACAAAGAUUUACUUGAGUGGAAUCAAUAAAGAGACAAAAGUAUGCUACAAAGGUUCCAUAAGCCUGGUCGACUUGGCGGGAUCAGAAAACGCAAAAAUGGUUGAAAAUGAUAGGAUGAAAGAGACCAAGCAUAUCAACAAAUCUUUGACCAUUCUCGGGAACGUUAUGCUCGCACUUUAUAAUAAAAACAAGCAUAUUCCAUACAGGGAAUCGAAAUUAACAUUUUUGCUGCAAUCAUCCUUAGGGGGCACGUCUAAAACCUUACUCAUCGUCAAUGUUUCACCUUUUGAGGAAAAUUUCAAUGAGAGUAUAAACUCUCUAAGAUUCGCUUCCAAAGUGAAGGAAGUUAAAACCACUGUUAAGAGGAACAAAACUGAGCAACAAUAAUAAUUUGAAUUCUUAUUGGAUAUCGAUCUGAUUGCCACUACCUGUGCAGAGAGAAUCAUCAUCAUCUUUAAACAAAUGCUUGUUGAUAUAUGUAUAUGUUAAAUAGUGUAACUGAUUGCUCAUGCUUCAAAUAUUCGCAGCAAAUGUUUUUGUGUGCGUAUAAAUCAAAGUAAAAAUCGCUUUUGUGGUCAUUCUGUUCAAGUUUUGAGAAAGCUAACAGGGCCGACAAGUUUUUCACUCGUUCAUCAUACACGCAUUUUUUUCAUAUACCAAUCAAUAUGUUUUUUAUUAUUUCGACAUUAUGAUGUGUCCAUAUUUUAUAAUUACUAGAUAGAAAUAUAUUAUUUACUAUACAGUGUUUUUAAAACUUAUUUCAUGUACUUGAAAAGUGUAUCUAUUACCAAAAUAAUCAGCUUAUAGUUGUAGUAAACACUAAUUCUGUUUGCAAUUAUAAAAUAUAAAUAUGAAUAUAG